GGUGUUACCCUCUCUGACAGGUUUGAGGCUGUGAGCUGGUUGCAGUCCAUCACAGAGCAGUGUGAGAGCGAUGCAGGGACAGCGAGACACGACCGAGAGAUGGCACUGAAUGCAAAGAAGCAGCUGAUCCAGUGUUCGGACCCCGUGGAGAAGCUACGUCUUCAGUGUCUGUCCCGGGGCUCGGCUGGUAUCAAAGGCCUUGGCAGAGUAUUCCGCAUCAUGGAUGAUGACAACAAUCGGACACUUGACUUUAAGGAGUUUUCAAAAGGUCUGAGUGAUUAUGGUGUGCUUUUGGAGAAGGAAGAUGUGGAAGCAUGUUUCAAACAUUUUGACAAAGAUUCAAGUGGAACCAUUGACUUUAAUGAGUUUCUGAUGGCUCUGCGGCCUCCCAUGUCCAACGCAAGGAAAGAAAUAAUUGCAAAGGCCUUUCGGAAACUGGACAAGACAGGAGAUGGUGUGAUAACCAUUGAGGAUUUACGUGGUGUAUACAAUGCCAAACAUCACCCUAAGUAUCAGAACGGCGAGUGGACAGAGGAACAGGUCUUCAAGAUUUUCCUGGAUAAUUUUGACUCGCCUGACGAUAAGGAUGGAAUUGUCACCAAAUUUGAAUUUUUAAACUACUACUCAGGAGUGAGUGCCUCCAUUGACAAUGAUGCCUAUUUUGUCCUAAUGAUGAAGAGUUCCUGGCGAUUAUGAUGGCUUUCCCAUUUUCCUGUUUGCAGAUUGGAGCAGAUCUUGAUUGGAUCACCUCCUGCAGAUUCCCAGAUUCUGACACUCAGUGACAUGGCUUUGCAGUUGUAACUCUCUGUUUCCUGUGAUCUCUCGUGCCUUCUGUUUGUGAUCCCUCCUUGCAGUGAGGGUGUUCCUGCCGAAACUCUGGAUGCUAACAUUGGAGACAGCCUAGUGCUGCUGGUGAAAUUCUGAAUGAUUCUGUUCUGGAUAACCCAGCUGUUUUCUCACUGUGAGUCGGAGGGGGCAGUUUGCAACACCAUGUUCUGCAACAAACUCAGUCCCCUCUCUUUGCAAAAGUGUCUCUGGAGCUGAGACCCACAGACAGGUGGGCACUCUGCAUAAGCAAUGAUAGGGCCAGCUGGUGCCAUAGCAGUGGUCAUAAAACCAUAAGAUUGCAGAAAAAGGAGGAGGCCAUACAGCCCCUUGAGCCUACUCCACCAUUCAAUAGGAUCAUGGCUGAUCUGACAUUCCUCAUGUCAACUUUCCUGGUAACCCUUUCUUCCCUGACUGAUCAAGAAGAUAUCACAGCCUUAAAUAUGCCCUCGCAGCUCUCUGUGACAAGCAGUUCCAAAGGCACUCAACUUUCCGAGAGAAGACAUUCCUCACCUCAGUCGUAAAUUGGUGCCCCUUUAUUCUGAAAUUUUGUCUUCUGGUCCUAGACUCUCCCAAUGAGAAAUACUCUCGUCAAUGUUUACCCUGUCAAGCAUGCCCUUGCAUCCUCAUCAGCUGUUGCUCUGUCCACUGGCCCUAGCUCUGUGCCAUAUCGGCAUUGCCCAGUUCUCAAUGGGCCACAGGGGCAAAUUACCUGAGGCAAGAAAGUAACUCAAUCCACAGAUGAGCAAGGACAGUCCAUCCUGACCUUAGGAAGCUCAGUAUGGGGACAGGACCAGUGUCAAAGAAGGUUUUCUCUGUAUCCAGCCCAAUGCUGUCCUUUCGGCGGGACGGGGGAACUUAGAGUAAAUAGAUGGCUCAGGUACCACACCCCCAUCCUGACACAGGGCUUUUGCCUUAAACAUUGACUUUGCUGCCACUCGGAUGCUGUCUGACCUGCUGUGCUUUUCCAGCUCCACAUCUGGCUUUGAGCAUCUGAAGUCCUCACUGUCCCCGUGCUGUCCCUAUCCUGGGAAUAGUAGGGUCAGGAAUGUACUGCCUGAGAGUGGGGGGGGGGGUGCAGGGUCACUCGAGGGGUUAGGGUCUGGGAUGUACUGUCUGAGAGUGUGGGGGGAGGCAGGUUCACUCGAGGGGUUAGGGUCUGGGAUGUACUGUCUGAGAGUGUGGGGGGAGGCAGGUUCACUCGAGGGGUUAGGGUCUGGAAUGUACUGUCUGAGAGUGUGGGGGGGUGCUCAGGUUCACUCGAGGCUUUCGAAAGGGAAUCUGGAGAACCAGGUGAGCUGGAACAAUGUGCAGGUUCAUGGAGUGGAGAGAAGAAUGAUAUUUGAUGUUCGUUUGGAGAGUCAGUGCAGAGACAGUGGGUUGAAUGGUUUUCUUCUAACUAUAGAUUUCUGGUUGUUUUGGUUAAAACGCUCUUGCCUGGUCCCUGUGUAAUGUACUACACAAUCAAUCCUGUUGUUACUCUCUGGGUUCACAUCCUUCGAUCUCAAGUUUGAACCUUCUCCUCCCUAUUCCCACUGCAUUGUUGACCAGUUCUCAGUCCUGCCAUGGAAAAUUUUGGGUACUGUCACCCUUCCUCAACUUUACCUUCCACUUCCCAUCUCGGCUCCCUUACAUGAAGAAGUAUGUCGUGUUGGAGGCCAUUCAGAGGAAAUUCUCUUGAUUGAUUCCAGAGAUGGUGGGUUGGGGGUGUAACAGUUUACCCCCAAACUGUCUGGUGUUUAGAAGAAUGAGAGGAAAUCUAAUUGAGGGUAAUUGACAAAAUCAAUGUGGAGCCGAUGUUACCUCCUGUGGGACAAUCUAGAAUGAGUCCUCAGUUUAGGAUGACUGGAGGCAGAUUUAAAACAGAGAUGAGGAGAAAUUACUUCCCUGAAUGGUUGUGGAAUUCCCUCCCUCAAAGUGUGGUGGAUGUUGGCACAUUGAGUGGUGGGUUAAAGAAUUAUUGAGAAUGGGUUGAGGGAAAGUGGAGUUGAGGUUGAGAUGUGAUCAACCAUUUAAUACCAUCAUGGUUCGAACGGCUGAAUGGCCUACUGCUCCUGAGUUUGAAUGUUUUUGCUGUCCCUUCACUCCAGACCCUACUGCUGCAAACCACUGUCCAAUCUCCAGCCUCUCUCUUCUCAAUUCCUCAAGUAAGUCCUUGCCUCUGAAGUCUGUACCCACCGUCUAUGGAAUUGGCUGUUUAAAUCCUUCAAUCCCCGCACGAUGCUGAAACAGCUCCCCUCCACAUCACAAAAUAUAUCCCAUGUGACUGUCACAAAGAUAAACAUUCCCUCUUCGUCCUUCUCGAACUGUCUGCAGCCUUUGACCUAUGACAGUGCCAUCCUUCUCCAAUACAAUCCUUUGCCGAAUGGGAUCUGUCAAUGAUUCUUACCCAGUCAGUCACGAGUCGACAAUCGGCUCCAAUUCCACUCCUGCAUUCCCAUGGUCCCAGAGGCUAGAUUUUGGCACUGUCCAUUUCUCAUCUGCCUUUUUGUCUAAACAACAUCUUGAUGUUCCAAGUCUCAUCCUUGUUUUCUGUUCCUUCAACCCUCCCUAUCUCGAAGAUGUAUUCGAGUCCUGACAACUCUUUAUGGUCUGACUCAACUUCAUUAUCCCCAGUUUGAAUGGUCCCAGCAUUGGACCUUUCGCUGGCCAGCCUCAUAACUUUAUGAGUCCUAAACCUAUCUGCUUUAUCUCUGCUUUAAGAUGCUUCUUAAAGCCUUCCACUGUGACUGUACUGUGGUUACCCGCCUUAAUAUUUCCUCAUGUUGGAUGUCAAAUUCCAAACUCAAAUUCAAAAACCAUUUUAAAAUUCUCAAUGGUCAUCAUUACUGUCCUCCUUUGAAUUGAAAUCCCAAUGUACUGUAGCCACUUCUCCCCUGCCCAGUCACACUCAGUUCGUUGGCUUCAGCUAAAUCCCACACUGUGGUUCUGGAUGUUCAUAUCUCUUCCUGAUUGAAUACCACAUUGUGGUUUGUGUCCCAGCAAUUCCACACUCUGCCAUUAUCUGCCAACACUUUGUUCAAAGAAACUCACAAAUUGUUUCUAUGAACUCUCUCUUCAGUUUACAGUUGCUGACUUGGUUUUUCCAGGCUUGAUUGAAAAUGCCCGUGAUGAUUGUGACUUUGUUAUAUAUUCUUGUUUUGUCCAGAUUUGGAAGACUGUGUCCUUGCUGAUUCCAGCCCUCUCUGUGAUGAUCUGAAGUGAAGCCAGUCUGGCCCACCACCUUGUUGUCACAUUUGGUUCUGUGAUGGGUGUUGGACCUCACAUUAAUCCCUAAGACGUUCUACUUCCACCUGUGCAUUAUUGGCCAUCUUCACCCCUAUUGCAGCUGAUUCUUGGUCUUUCUACCCUCUUGUGCCAAUUAUUACAGCACAGUCUCAGCCUCUCCCCCAUUUUAUCCUUCGUUAAUGUGAGGCUGCCCAGCACACUGCUAUCUGUAGUGUAACAUCCAGCAAACCCUUCCCGGUAUCCCCCUGGUCCCGGAUUUACAUCGGUCCUGGCUCUCUCACUGCCUGGGCAUUUACAAUGUCUAUAAGGCCUCCCCUCAGCCUCCCACACUCCAGGGUGAACAGGUUCCUGCCUCUCAUAACUUGAACCUUCCAGACUCAGUAACAUCCAUGUAAAAGCUGUUAGUUAAAUACAAGUGUGAGGUGAUGCACUUUGGUAGGAGUAACCAGAAGGCAAAGUACUGGGCUAAUGGUAAGAUUCUUAGCAGUGUAGAUGAGCAGAGAGAUCUCGGUGUCCAUGUACACAGAUCCUUGAAAGUUGUCACCCAGGUUGACAGGGCUGUUAAGAAGGCAUACAGUGUUUUAGCUUUUAUUAAUAGAGGGAUCGAGUUCCGGAACCAAGAGGUUAUGGUGAAGCUGUACAAAACUCUGGUGCGGCCGCACUUGGAGUAUUGUGUACAGUUCUGGUCACCGCAUUAUAGGAAGGAUGUGGAAGCUUUGGAAAGGGUGCAGAGGAGAUUUACUAGGAUGUUGCCUGGUAUGGAGGGAAGGUCUUACGAGGAAAGGCUGAAGGACUUGAGGCUGUUUUCGUUAGAGAGAAGAAGGUUGAGAGGUGACUCAAUAGAAACAUAUAAAAUAAUCAGAGGGUUAGAUAGGAUGGAUAGGGAGAGCCUUUUUCCUAGGAUGGUGAUGGCGAGCACGAGGGGGCAUAGCUUUAAAUUGAGGGGUGAAAGAUAUAGGACAGAUGUUAGAGGUAGUUUCUUUACUCAGAGAGUAGUAAGGGAAUGGAACGCUUUGCCUGCAACAGUAGUAGAUUCGUCAACUUCAGGUACAUUUAAGUCGUCAUUGGACAAGCAUAUGGACGUAGAUGGAAUAGUGUAGGUUAGAUGGGCUUGAGAUCGGUAUGACAGGUCGGCACAACAUCGAGGGCCGAAGGGCCUGUACUGUGCUGUAAUGUUCUAUGUUGUUUGUAACCCAAGGCCCUGGGCUAAUGUGAUGUGUUUUCAGCAGAGGACACAUCUGUGGUGUAGGAUAUGAAUGGGGGCUGGAUGUGAACUUCCUGACAGUACCUGGAGGUGUGGGAUCAUCAUUCCGAGCCCCCUCCUCAUUCUCUACCACAGUGACAGGGAAGAGACAACUUGGGAACAACAAAGUUCGUUGGCAGCAACUCAUCUGUCUGUUUCUCUGUCUCAGGCUCUUUUUCAGGCUUUGUUCCCGUCUCCAUCACUGUCUCAGGCUCCUGCUUCCUCCGUGUUUCUAGCCCUUGCUCUGUUUCCUGCUGAAAAUGUGAAAGAAAAUAAACAGAAGCA